CAAACAAGAGCGGCGAAUUCUUUGGCUAUGCUCGGUAAUACCUUUGGAGCCCUCUACCAUGACGCCUAUCCUUGUUAUUUUCAUUCUUGAGGCGAGUUCUGCGAGUGUUACAUCCGUGACGCUGACUAUGACCUACAUUUGGGAUCUUCGUGUGUCUAUAGAAUGCUAGACCACAUCUCCACAGAGAAUGAGCGCGCAAUUACAACAGGCAGAGAGAACGAGAUAUGGCAGCCAGCGACGGAAGAUCUUCCAUUGUCGCCUGAGAUGAAGGCUGCCAUGCUGGCGGAGAUCGAGCAGGCAGCCAAAGAGGGUCGACAGAUCACAAACGAGGAAGCAGCGGUCAUUGCCCGCAACUCGACGACCACAAAGUCCUGGGGAAUUCGAUUUCCUAUUCAGUGGAUGCACGUUCAUAAGGUCCCGUUCUCAAAGACGACGCACAUGUUGAACCCGCUGUACGAGAAUAGAGAGAUCAAAGUUUCGAAGGAUGGGACGGAAGUCGACCCAGCCAUUGGGGAGCGGCUUUUGGAACUGUUCAAGAAACCAAAUUGCAGCAACCGACGGGGACGGAGUAGCGUGAGCGGACAGGGUAGCAGGUCUGACUCCGAUGGUAGCCGCCGAUCCAGUGUGGCAGAAGAAUUAUCGUCGCUUGCACCUCCGCAGUCUCAUAGAAGCGCAUCAUCACGACGGUCUAGUAUCAUGAGCACCCGAUCGGCGGGAUCCGGAGGCGGUGACAGACGCACAUCCAUCGAUCCAUCGCGGGCACCGGGCUCCAGCUACAAAAACACGCAUUCGUCUAUGCAUAUGACGAACAGAGGUCAUUUCAGUGGCGACGUAAAUCAGCCGUAUUCAGGUGCAGGUGGCUAUCGGGGCUCCCCUAGACAUGGUCACUUUGGAUCACACAGCAGCCAUGGAUCAAACACCUCACAGGGACCGUUCGCGGCGGAUCAGUAUCCGGAUCAGCAAAGAUCAGGCUGGGGCAACAAACCAAACUACAGAGGUGGUGGUCCUGGUGGCUACGGUACUUCAUCCAUGAGUGGCGCAGGAAUGCAAGGAGGCUUUUACCAGCAGGAUCACUCGCCAAAUCAUCGCAAGGGCGGCUCUGGAGGUCCCGGCGGAAAGUACGGCUCGUCAUACCACCCAUCGUCUCAACACGGUGGAUAUGAGAACCCGCCCUUUCACUUACCACAUGCACCUCGGCGUCAUACAGGACUUCAGCACCAUUCCUAUCCUGGUUCAUACCGGCCUAAUAUGUCUUCGCCUGCUGCUGAUCCGUCUCUGGGCGGAAACUCUGGAUAUAAACAUGAUGUAGGAGGCGCGCCGCCAGGAUCGGGUGGCCCUGCAGGUCAACAGGAUCAAAGCUAUUCUGGCAGAUCGAGAGGUGGACCUAUCCCGCCGGGUGCACACAUUCCACCGAAUCAACUCGGAGGACAGCCCAUUUUGACUCAUCCAGGCGUAUACAAUGGACAAGGGCCACCUGUGGGAUAUCCUGCGCCAUUUCCUCCUCCAGGAUAUCCGAUGAUGCCACCCUACAUGGGAUACCCGUAUGUUCCUGGUCCCAAUCCAUUUAUACAUGGUACAAUUGCGUGGCAUCCGGGACAAGGGCCCCCCAUGCCUGCGGGCAUGAUCUCUGGCGCAGGAAUGGUGACCGGUCAUCCGACAUCAAUGCCUAUGAUCCCUGGAGCAGGGGGCGAAGGAGGACAUGGCAUGGAAGGCAUGGUGCCAUUAUUUGGAUACGAUGGCGUUGCGUAUGGGUAUGUACCAGCUGAAGAGGCAUACCAUCAGUCGAUGACUGGGUAUGGCUACAUGUCUCACGAUCCUCAUGCUUCUGAGCAAGCAGAUGUGGAGGCGCACAUAAACAGCGAUGAAGAAUUGACAGGAACAGGUAGUAAGGGGAAUGACCAGGGAGCGGACGAUGCUGGCGUCACAACGGAGAAUGUCGAGGAAGGUUCUGAGAGCCAUGAUCAGAGGGGACGCCAGGCCCAGUCGCAAUCAUUUACAGACUCUGCCAAACAUGAUACAGAAGAUCGGCAGCAAGACUAUGCCUCAACGUCAGCAGCCUCCGACCAAGCAACAAGUGGUGCAGGGGAUGAUGUCGUCGGAAAAGAGGAACGAUGACACAUAACACCCGUUUGAGAGCUAGAAGCAGAGAGAGUCGCAAGCUUGAUGCAGCUGCAGGGGAGGGAUUGAGAUGAGGUAUUGACGACUUGUCAGUAGAGAGACGAGCACAAAGAGAUGAAAUGAAUGAAGAGAAUGAAGAACUUUCUUUUUCUUUUAAUACUCUGCCGAUGACUAUACUAUGUGUGCUAAAUAUUGAU